AUGUGUGUCUGUAUCUAUCUAUCUAUCUAUCUAUCUAUCUAUCUAUCUAUCUAUCUAUGUAUGUAUUUAUCUAUCUAUCAAUCUAUCUAUAGAUAUGCCUCAAGCUAUAGAUUUUUGUCUGUCUAUCUAUCUAUCUAUCUAUCUAUCUAUCUAUCUAUCUAUCUAUCUUUGUCUGGUAUCUAUCUAUCUAUCUAUCUAUCUAUCUAUCUAUCUAUCUAUCUAUCUAUCUAUUUUUGUCUGGUAUCUAUCUAUCUAUCUAUCUAUCUAUCUAUUCUUGUAUGGCAUCUAUCUAUCUAUCUAUCUAUCUAUCUAUCUAUCUAUCUCCGUAUCCGCCUAUACCCACCCAUGCUUGUAUCCCUUCUGUCAGUUUACGACGAUGUAUGUUUGUUAACCACUCAGUCUGUCUGUCUCUUUUUCUCUGUAUCUAUUCUUGUUGCCUUCUCUCGUCACAUUUUGCUUCUUAUUCUCCUUCUUAUCAUCAACCCUACUGACUCUCCUUCUUCGUUGCUUCCUUCGCUAUUUUCUCCUCCUCCUGCUCCCCUUUCUCUCCCUCCUCCUUCUCCCCAUUCUCUUCCUCCCCCUGCUACUCCCCUCCUCCUCCUCCUGCUGCUCCUCCCACUACUACUACUCCUGCUAAACCUUUCCAAGGCGAACUCAGUCUGUUUUAAGACCUCGCCGUCUUGCUCGCCAACCCAAAAUGUUUUACUCAGGCAGAAGAAUUUUGGUCCACUUAGCAAGGGAAACAUUGUUGUGUACGGACGGAUUAUUUUUCCUGUCGACAUUUUACCCAAACCGUCUGUUAUGCUUUCGAAAUCAUAA